CCAGCUGACCCAAGCGCUCCGCUGUGCGCAAGCGUCGCCGAGGCAGGGGCGGACCAGCCCGGGGAAGGCUCGCUCUUCUCCCCGCGGCCGGCCGAGGGGGCCAAGGCAGCCCCGCGCUCUGCGGCGUGCGGUGCUUCGCUCUGCCCCUCGCCCUUUCCGCCAACUUCGGCGAGUGCCACACCAUUUUGCAACCUCUUCCCCUCCACCCCUUCCUUCCCUUCGGUGCAGCUGCAAACGCCCGCCUUGGGCAGAAGAAGCGGUGCCGCUGGAUUUGCAGCCGGGUUUUGUUCUUCGUUGCAAGAAGACGAGAGAGAGAGAGAGAGAGGAAAAAAAACAUACAGAGAGAGAGAACAGCAAUCUGCCGUUGCCAGAGUGCUGCUGUCUGUCCUCCACCGGAGCAACAUUUGCCUUCGCUGCCCCUGUCACCGGCAUCAGAUCUUUGGUGGCCCCCGGGAGUUCCUCCGGUCCCACCUCCGUUUCCCCGAACCCCCUUGGAUUACAAAAACCUUCGCCGCCUCUUCCAAAGGCGCCGGAGGUCGUGGCGCGUCCAGCGGAUGAGCAGCGUUAAUUCUCUGGACACCCAGAUGGCAGGCGGAGGAUGGGGAAACUGAGGCACAAAGAAUCUUGUUCAAAGCUUCCUGGUAGCUCAGCUAGAAGAAAAGGUCAACUGUUGUGUAGCAAUUGGACAUAAUUGCAUCACAUAUCCUGCAAGGGAAAACAAAUGAGACUGUGAUUUCUCAUCCUGUGGAGAUUCUGCAAUCUUGGUUGGGGAACAAAAAGAAGAGACGUGAGCUGCCACCUUGACAUUCUGCCGAUAUAAUUUAUAAUCCGAGGGGAAACAUGGAGGAGACAGAAGAAAAGCACAGUACUCCUGAGGAGACCGAUAUCAGUCGCCAUGAGAGCAAAAGCCACAAGACGGUACUUCAUCUGCUGAUAAAAAUGAUCAACAAGUCUCGAUGGAAGAUACUUGGAGUAUUGGCUGUAUUUUUGGUGAUGGUGUGGUAUACAAUAUCCCGGGAAGAAAGCUUUGAUUUCCAUAUUCUGCAAGAUAACAGGAUGAGUUGUCCUCUAGGAGAAGUGGAAAGGAAGGCUGCUCUGCUCAUAGCAAAUUUCACACGGGAUCAUCCACUGUUUUUACAGCUGAGGGAUUACUUCUGGGUAAAGACCCCCUCACCCUAUGAGCUGCCGUAUGGUACUAAAGGAACGGAGGAAAUUCUCGUGCGGCUUUUAGCGGUCACAGGUUACUCUCUGCCUGAAAGUGUACAAAGUCUGAAGUGCCGAAGAUGUGCAGUAGUAGGGAACGGACACAGGCUGAGAAACAGCUCCAUGGGAGAUGCUAUUAAUAGAUACGAUGUUGUGAUCAGGUUGAAUAAUGCACCAGUCCAUGGUUAUGAACAUGACGUGGGCUCCAAAACCACUAUGCGGCUCUUUUACCCAGAGUCAGCACACUUCAAUCCCAAAACUGAAAAUGACCUCAACACCUUGCUGGUAUUAGUGGCAUUCAAACCUAUGGACUUCCUUUGGUUGGAGACAAUUCUUCACGACAAGAAGAGGAUACGGAAAGGCUUCUGGAAACAGCCUCCUUUAAUCUGGGAUGCAAAUCCUGAGCAAGUCCGAAUUCUGAACCCAUAUUUUAUGGAAAUUACUGCCGCAAAAUUGCUUAACAUUCCAAUGAAGCAGCUACGGAAGUUUAAACAGAAACCAACCACAGGACUGGUGGCCAUCACCUUAGCUUUGCACUUCUGCGAUGUGGUCCAUAUUGCCGGCUUUGGAUACCCUGACUCUGCCAACAAGAAGCAGUCCAUUCACUACUAUGAGCAAAUCACAGUGAAGUCGAUGGCCACAUCAGGACACAAUGUCUCCCACGAGGCAUCAGCCAUAAAAAAGAUGCUUGAAAUGGGACUGAUCAAGAAUCUCACCUACUUCUGACGGAAUACG